AUGAACGAUCUUGACUCCGUUUUGGAUUUAGUUCAUCAACAAGCUGGUAAAUUUUUUACGGCCAUGUAAGUUUAACUUACUCUUUUGUAAGAAAAAAAAUCGUGGUUUCUUUGUCACCUUUGACCAACAUCACGGUGGACAAUGAUGAAACAGCCUGAUGAAAUUAAUUUGAAAACAUAAGCUUACGUUUAUACACGCUUUAAAAGCGAUGUACGCGUUGUGAUUCAAUUUUAUCCUUGGUUUAAAGUUUAUUUCUUUUUGUUUAAGGGUAUGGUAAUGAGUUUAAAACAAAGGGAAAUGACAUUGAAACCAAGGAUAAAAUUGAACCACAACGUACACACCCUACGAGAGAAGCAAAGUCCUAUAACAAUAAUGAUUUUAAUAUUUUUUGUAGGCAAAUGGGAUCUGGUAUGACGUACUCAACUGAGGAUGCCAAAAGUAGGUACAAAGUAAAGGAUUAACUUUUAAUAUGAUGUGUAGAUCUAGAAAAUUGCCAUACUCCCCUGGCCGUUAGGAGUUUAUAUUGGUUUGUUCCUUUCCCGACCCCAUCUGGAAAUUCCAGUUUAGCUGUUCACUACAAAUUUUGGCUUUCAACACCACCCUCCCCCCUUCGCCCCACACCCCAGAAAUUUCCAGUGUUCCUCCAUGGGGUGGGUAUGUGUAUUUCCUUGAAAUACACAAAUAAGGAAAUUUACUUUCUACUCCUAUUUUGGUAUUUAGGGAGUGGCAAUCUCAACGUUUUGAAAUCUACUAAGGGGUCAGGGGUGACAAAUUUUUUCUUUUUCCCUCCCCCGAGGCCCUCUGAGGGGGGGUUCGUAUGUCCCUAGUCUGAAUUUCAAAUACAGAGGAAGCUCUCAUAAACGGACACCCUCGGGACGGGGAAAAAGGUUUCUGUAACUGGGGCUCGCUGCUUACGGGAAGUUAAAAAUACAGAGUUUGUAUGGGAGUUGAGAAAAACGACAUAUUGUGAAGGUGGCUGCAAGUAGAGCUCUCCGCUCAUGAGAGUGUCCAUUAGCAGAGCCUCCACUGUACAGUCAUUUGCCAUUUUGAGGAGUAGGGCGUGUCUCUGGUGGUACUAACUCAUUCAUUUCAUCUAGUCGUGUGUCGCUGUUUUUUUAAGGCUUUGUUGCUUGUCAAAAUUUUACCCUUACAGGGCCUCUCCCCCCACCACUAAAAACAACCACCCCUUUAGUACAUAUGAAACCAAGAUGACUGCACCUGGCAGUAAGUACUCAUAUGGAAUAACAUUCUAGACAAGCCCUUGGUACAGGUCUCAAUGUUGUCUGGCUUCGAGAGACUUUCACUAUUGUAUCACUCUGCAACAGUACGGCAAAACUCUGUAAUUCGGCCCUGUUGUUUGAGAGGGGCUAAGGCGUCCACCAUUUAAUUUAGUUCAUUUCCUUUUACAUGAACUAGCUGACUUGGAUGGCUUGUCCAAACUGACAGACACGCUUCAUGAAAAGCUCCUGUCCUCCGGUGUAAAUGCCAUUCCAUUAGAUUCGGAAAUGUUACAACUGGAUUAUCAAGCAACAGUUAGAAAAGGACAAGAGGAAGCAGAACUUAGUCGCAUCACCAUGCAAAGAGUUCAAACAAACUGUGCUACACUUCGCAAAGCAGUGAGUGUACCAAGGAAAUAG